AUGAGCAGCACCGAGGAGACAAAGAAGGCUCGCAGCCGCGUCUUCUUCGACGUUACCAUCGGAGGAAAGCCCGCCGGCCGCAUCACAUUCGAGCUUUACGAUGACAUUGUGCCCAAGACGGCCGAGAACUUCCGCGCUCUCUGCACGGGCGAGAAGGGUAUCGGCAAGGCCGGCAAACCUUUGCACUACAAGGGGUCGCUAUUCCACCGCAUCAUCAAGCAGUUCAUGAUCCAGGGUGGUGACUUCACGGCCGGCAAUGGCACAGGCGGCGAGUCCAUCUAUGGUGCCAAGUUUGAGGAUGAGAACUUUGAGCUGAAGCACGACCGUCCUUUCCUGCUGUCCAUGGCUAAUGCUGGUCCCGGUACAAACGGUUCCCAAUUCUUCAUUACUACUGUGCAAACACCACAUCUCGAUGGAAAGCAUGUCGUUUUUGGAGAGGUCCUCAGCGGCAAGUCCGUCGUCCGUCAACUCGAAAACCUCACCACUCAAGCCGACAAGCCCACGAAAGAUGCCGUCAUCGCCGACUGCGGCGAGCUCUCCGGCUCCGAAGCCAUCACCGCCGACACCAAGACAGCCGACGCCUAUGGUGAUGAGUACGAAGAUUUCCCCGAAGACCAAGUUAGUGGCAACGAAACUCUUUCCGCCACUCAAAUCCUCAAAAUCGCCAGCGACUGCAAGGAGUUUGGCAACAAGGCUUUCAAGGGUGGCGACUUGAGCGUGGCUCUGGACAAAUACCAAAAGGGCUUGCGCUACCUGAACGAGGACCCCGAUCUGGACAACGAAUCCGAUGAGACCAAGUCCAAGCUCAGCACUUUGCGCAUCUCGCUCAACACCAACGCGGCGCUCAUGAAUUUCAAGCUGGAGGCGUGGGAUGACACGGUUCGUUCUGCAAACGGUGCUCUUGCCGUGGCUGGCAUCUCAGGCAAGGAGAAGGCAAAGGCUCUCUACCACCGCGGACGUGCUCAGCUGCGUCUCAAGGAUGAGGAUGCUGCUCUGGAGAGUUUGGGAGAGGCUCAAAUGGUUGACCCGGAGAACGCGGCUGUCGCGAAGGAGCUGGCCGAGGUCAAGAAGGCGGCUGCUGCGAGACGCGCCAAGGAGAAGGCGGCGUACAAGAAGUUCUUUAGCUGA